AUGCUUUAUAACUUGGUACCCUGUCUGACCUGGCUAACUAUGGAAUUGAAGGGAAUUUUUUUUCUAGCCAGCAGUGUCCUCUCGUGGUCCAAACUGAAGUACCGACCAGUUUACCUGGAGUUGGCAAAAGAAUACGCUAUACACAUCACCUUUUUCGACUCCAUCGAAGACGGCCACAUAGGCGAGGAGGUUCUUAAGGUGAGUUAUGUUUUCUAG